AGCGUCAUGAUGAAGUUUGUCCCUUCCGACUUUCCGUACAUCGAAUCCCUGUGUUGUGUAAACAUGUGGAUUUAGCUGUAUUUGUUGAAUUCCGCGUUGGAUAUUUCUUACUUUUUAAGAAAAGAAGAGCGUUCCUCUUUUCGUACUCAAAAUGGAAAUCGAUAUUCGUCCCAAGAAGAGAUCCCAUGGGGAGGAUGGGAGGUCUGGCUCAGAAGGAUCAGAGGAUGACGACUAUGUUCCGUAUGUUCCUGUCAAAAUAAGAAAGCAGCAAAUGCUACAGAAGAUGCUGCGUCUGCGAGGAAAGGCGGUGGACGAGGAGCUGAAGGACAGUGGGGAGGAGCAGAGAGAUGAGGAUGAGGGUCUUGGACCACGCUCCAAUGUCAGUCUACUUGACCAGCAUCAGCAUCUCAAGGAAAAAGCAGAAGCUCGUAAGGAGUCCGCCAAAGAGAAGCAGCUGAAAGAGGAGGAGAAGAUUCUGGAGAGUGUUGCAGAGGGCAGAGCCCUGAUGUCUGUGAAGGAAAUGGCCAAAGGUAUUAUAUAUGAUGAUCCCAUUAAAACAAGCUGGAAGGCACCACGCUACAUCCUUAACAUGCCAGACACCAGACAUGAGCGCGUCAGGAAGAAGUUUCACAUCCUGGUUGAUGGAGAUGGCAUCCCUCCUCCAAUCAAAAGCUUUAGGGAGAUGAAGCUUCCACCAGCAAUUCUAAAAGGUUUGAAAAAGAAAGGCAUUGUGCAUCCCACGCCUAUCCAGAUUCAAGGGAUUCCAACAGUUUUGUCAGGCAGAGACAUGAUCGGCAUAGCCUUCACUGGUUCUGGAAAGACUUUGGUCUUCACUCUGCCCAUCAUCAUGUUUUCUCUGGAGCAGGAGAAGAGGCUUCCUUUCUUUAAGAGAGAGGGACCGUAUGGACUCAUCAUCUGUCCUUCACGAGAGUUGGCAAGGCAGACUCACGGCAUCAUCGAGUACUACUGCAAGCUGUUGGAGGAAGAGGGAGCUCCUCAGAUGAGAUCUGCCCUCUGCAUCGGAGGAAUGUCUGUCAAGGAGCAGAUGGAGGUAGUUAAACAUGGUGUCCACAUGAUGGUCGCCACGCCUGGCAGACUGAUGGACUUGCUUCAAAAGAAGAUGGUGAGUCUGGACAUCUGUCGCUACUUGGCUCUGGAUGAGGCUGAUAGGAUGAUUGACAUGGGCUUUGAGGAGGACAUCAGGACCAUUUUCUCCUAUUUCAAGGGACAAAGACAAACCCUGCUCUUCAGUGCCACUAUGCCAAAGAAGAUCCAGAACUUUGCUAAGAGUGCUCUUGUCAAACCCAUCACCAUCAACGUGGGCAGAGCCGGUGCUGCCAGUUUGGAUGUCAUCCAGGAAGUGGAAUAUGUCAAAGAGGAAGCCAAGAUGGUGUACCUGCUGGAGUGUCUCCAGAAAACACCACCUCCUGUGUUGAUAUUUGCUGAGAAGAAGGCUGAUGUCGAUGCCAUCCAUGAGUAUCUUCUGCUAAAAGGAGUGGAGGCGGUGGCCAUCCACGGAGGAAAAGAUCAGGAAGAAAGAACAAAAGCCAUAGAGGCGUUUAAAGAGGGGAAAAAAGAUGUCCUGGUGGCCACAGACGUUGCCUCCAAGGGUCUGGACUUCCCUGCUAUACAGCAUGUAGUGAAUUAUGACAUGCCCGAAGAGAUAGAGAACUAUGUCCACAGAAUUGGAAGAACUGGGCGAUCUGGCAAGACGGGUAUUGCCACUACGUUCAUCAACAAAGGCUGUGAUGAGUCAGUGCUGAUGGACCUUAAAGCCCUGCUAGUUGAAGCCAAGCAGAAGGUCCCUCCAGUGCUCCAGGUGCUUCAGACCGGAGACGAGACCAUGCUGGACAUCGGAGGAGAGAGAGGCUGUACGUUCUGUGGUGGUCUGGGUCAUCGUAUCACAGACUGUCCUAAGCUGGAGGCCAUGCAGACCAAGCAGGUCACCAACAUUGGACGGAAAGAUUACCUGGCUCAUAGCUCAAUGGACUUCUAAAAAGGAUUUUACCGAUGGGAAGAUUCUCCAAAGUGAAAAACAUGUCAGGAAAUUGUACAUUUUUGUUUUAUGUGGUGUCACUGAACUAAGGAAGUGUAUUUUUUACCACCACCCAACAUAGUUUGCAGCUCUGUUAGAUAAAGUGUUCUGUUUUUUUUUUACCUUCUUACCCAAAUGUGUCAUCUUUGUUUGGUAUGUGAGGCAUUUGUAAGAUACUUUUUGAUAUCCUAAUUGUAAAUAAAACCACUAUGUCAGUUGUAA